GAUGCUGAUAUUCGUGCUGGAAGUGUGCAUUGUUUACCCGUACUGGUACUUCAUCCGCAAACCCUUUCAGGACGUGGGAACUACGGCGACUGGAUUUAUCAACACCCUCUACGGAAUCAUCGUCGGAAAUUUGAACGGCCUGGUUUACUGCAACAUAUACGGUUUCAGCGAGGGUAUCGGCUUCCCUAUAAAGGACGAUUUGUUCAGCUUUGCCACAUUCGGAACAAUACUUUUCACGUUUGCAAUGCUCAUCAUCAACAUCGGAUUGGACGCGCGUGUUGUGGUUACGAACUACGGAAGUGGGCCCUUGAGUUUGUCCGUAGGGAUGUCUACUCACAUGGCCGCGGUCAUGCCGAGCAUGAUGUUCGCAGGCAGGCCAAUGAACAUCAUCAUGCCCACCAUCCAGUAUGUUUGGAAUCAAGCAUUAGCGAAGGUCUUGUACGUCUGGAAAUGUCUUCCUGAUUGUAUCCUUAGAGUUCUUGUCAAGAUUUUGCCGUACAGUCCGGGCUCCAUCGAUCAUUGGCCUUUCCGAAACGCAGAGAAGCUGGCGAGUCCCUGGCAGAUGCCCAUCACGGGUGACUUUGCAGACAUCGUAGUCAUUCCUACGUUGUGUUUCGUCAUCGGGCUUGCGGAUCUUCAUAUCUACUUCUUGUUGGUUCUUCUUUGCAUUGCUGUGUGGGUGGGGUCUCUACAUCUACGUAUACGUGAGGUAUGCUUACUUGCGCUUCCACGGGCUAGAUUUUAUAACCACCAGCACGCUGUUCUCGGUGGCUUGGUAUCUUUGGGGCAUUCCCAUCUCUGUAGUGGCCGCGAAUGUGCCACAUUGGUUUUACGUCAAGGAUGAUAUUCAUGAGGAUGGUGCGCUGGUCUCCCAAACACUCCACCCCAAAGCUCAUGCCCUCAAUACCCACUCCGCCCUGAUUCCACCUCCUUCAUCCACUCUCUUCCCUCCUCGUGUCUCCUCCCGGUCCUCCAGUACAGGGGGGAUGGCAGUUUGCUAUCAGCAUGGGCGCUCGAGCUUUGGGGCGUGGGUCUGG